AUGAGUGAUGUGUUAGCGGAAGAUCAGCUUAAAAUAUGCGAAUUUUCCAAGUACUUCGAUAAAACAAAUAUGGCAAAACAACGUCUAUCUGUAUUAUCUAAAAAAUUUCAAGAGGUAAACGAUGCUCAAGAUGAAGUUACUGCGUCACUAGAGCCUCCGUUGCUCAGAGUCGGCGAUUGCUUUUAUAAAAUUAACGAAGAUAAUUUGGAAGAGAUAUUGGAAAAAAUGAAGGCUGACUUGGCGGGGGAUGUUGAGAGAAUUAAAACUGACAUUGACGACCAUAGUAAAAAAAUAAUGUCACUCAAAACAGCGUUGUACUCCAAAUUUGGAAAUAGAAUAAAUCUAGACUGA